AUGUUCUACUACUGCUGCUGUCGCCAGCAGUUUGUGGUGAUCCUCGUCUGCCUGCUCUACAUCCUGCUCGUCCUGGUCUUCUUUGUCAAUGUCUUUGUCGCGGAUCGCAAUAUGCAUGCGAACCUAAUGAUGAGAAACUCCCAUGGGCAUGGGCACGGUCAUGGCGGAGGAGGAGGAGUAGGCGGCGGGAUGGGUGGAGCACCGGCCGGCCAUCACAACCACAAUCCGUACGACAUGCAUGGCUAUAACCACUACAGCAACUACCAUCCGCAAGUGGAUCCCAAGCAGCAGCAGGAGAUGGCCAGGAAGACGCCGAACCAACAGCAGGCCGAGCAGGACAUCUACUAUUAUUUCAAUCAUGUAUUCAGGCGGCGAAGGCGAUGAGGAGCAGUGGAUGAUGAUGAUGCUCCAAAUCUUAGUGCAUUAACUUAUCCUACACAUACACACACACCCUCUAAAUACAUAAAUAGUUAUAUAAUUACUAUAUAUAAUAUAUAAAUAUAUAUAUUUAUAGCCAAGGCAGCGAGUUAUGUAAAAAGCGCUAGGAGGAGAUACAAUUUUUGUGUAAAAUUUAAUAGUAACACCCCCAACCAAGAACCAACAAUCUGAUAUCCAUCAUAUAUAUAGUAAAUAAACGGAAGUUUUAGAAUCGUGAGAUAUAUAUGCGAUAUCCGAUUCCGAUUCCAGCUUAUGAAUAAUUCGAGAGCGACCAAGCUAGCCCAGCCAAGUAUGCAUUUAUCUACAGGCCCUUAGAGGAAUAAUAAAAAUUUAUACAGAUAUUUAUUGAAGGAUAUACAAGCUAAUCAGCUAAUCUAAUGCUCUAUAUAGCUAACCAAAUUAUAUAUACGGUUGCUAGACGACCAGCUUUUCCAGCCCAGCCUGAUAUAGAAAACGUUUUCUAAUUAAAUUAGAAUUUCACUAAAUAAUCAAUAUACAUACUAUAUACUAUAUAUGGGGCUUCUGGCUACUUAGGAUUUCCCCCCCUCCAUGUUUUCUUAGGCUUUUUUAAAAAGCUUCUUGUACUAGCCUAGUUCAGAGUCCAUAAUCUGAUAUCAUCUGAUAUGGAUUUGGAUCCAUUAUCCCUACAAUUUUGUCAAUUUAUUCGUGUAGAGCGGCCUUAAGGCAAAGGCAAAGAUUUGUUCUUGUUUUUUUUUUGUAGUGGGGGAAAUACGUGUUUUAAUCUAUAUAUAUAAUCUAUAUAUAUAUAUAUAUUAUUUUUGUUAAGAAGAUGAUAAUAUUGUUUGUUUCUCUAGACAAGUAAAUGGGAAAAUAUUGUUUCGUUUCACAAAAGAAAUCCUUGAAAGUGCCUUUAAUUUGCUAAAAAAAAACAAAGUGUUUUUUAGAUAAAACCAAUUUAUUAGAUUACCAAUAAUGCAUUAUUAGAACGCAACUAAUAUACUGAUUAACUUAACUUAUACAUCCAAGAUAACAAUAUGCAAAGAAUCGAGAUCGAAUUUCAGAUGCAAAGUAGGAGGAAUAACAGAAGAUAAUUUAUAAUGUGAUUGGAGUAAUGUUUUUCUAUGGCAAGUCAAGCUACAUUAAUGUAUUAUUAACUUAAUUACACACCCACAUACCACACACACUCGGACAUAGGCAUAUAGGCCGCAGUUUGGAAAUGCUUCGAGUGGAUAUGGAAGAAUCACCUAACAAUUACACAGAAUCUAAUCUAAUCUUAUCCUGAAACUGAAGCAGCGCCAAAGGCUUCGUUUUGUGAACGUGUUACAAAUAAAAUAAAAAUUUAUGAAAAUCUUU